AUGAGUGAUUCCGAAGACCGUCGCAUCCUCGUAAACAGCAGCGAAGCUGAAGACGACAGCGGGAGCGAAGCCGACGACAGCGAGAGCCUAAAAUCAUACGUAGUGCAUGGCUACCGAAGACAGCUCCUCGAUUCCAUCAAAGACCUUGAGAAGGCAGGAUCUUUUGCGGCAAGCCGUACACACCACAGCUUUCCGAAUCCCGGAAUCCGAAACCUGGCCAGUCGCAGUCUGAAUGCACCCGUCGGCUUUGCGGGAACCGAUGAGGCGGUGAGCAAGACGCUGGAGAUCGGCGUGGACAGAAUUGCCUUUAUGAACCCAAUAUGGUCAGACUUCAUCGAAGACGUCGUCAGUCAUGUCGCUCAGGAGCUUGGGGUGCCAUCACCCGCCGAUGGCCACCAAGUACGUGCCGAGUUCUGCAGGCACCUUCUCCACCUACCAGGAGCCACUCUUCAGGCUCCCAAAUACGCUGAGGAGGUUCCAGAGUCUAUAGUGGUGUCUCCUGCAGAAGCUUCAGAGUUCAGUUGCUCCUACCUUGCUUGGUACGCAGACGUCACACCCGAGGUGAGCCUGGCCCAUACAAACGAGGCGACAUACAUGCUUACGCGCGGAAAGAUGCUGCCAGUCCAGACGGGAUACUUGUGGGCGUUGCAGUACGUCCUGAUCAAUGAUUUUGAUGACUCUCCCCAAUUGGCCAAGGAGCUGGCAUACAAGACCGAGAAUAUGAUGGAAAACCUCAUCAGCUGGGACAGCUCUAAAUUUCAUCUGGGCUCACAAAAUCUUGUUGCCUAUGCAUUCCAACAUCAAUACGAACCGGAAGAUCUGAGCCUAUCCUCCCUGGAAGGUCAAGAUCACCGGCGCGUUCGCUUCCUUUCCGACUGUGUUGCGAGGUUUAAAGACAGAUUCUACCUGUUCCUCGCCCAGUUCGAACUAUACGAAACAUUUACGAACGACGCGAGUCGGGAGGGAUGGAGAGGAAGAUAUCUGUUAAACGUCUCCACGCUCGAUGGCUGUAAGCUGUCGCCCCUCAACGUGCCCGUGCACAAGUCCGUUCUUCUGAACAGGAUAGUCUACGGUGGGAGAAAGCCCGAUACUAUCAGCGGUGGACUAUGUGACAAUUAUUACGAUCAAUAUGGAAGCAUUAAGCAAUCCUACCCAUCUAACUGCCGGCCCGAACGACUUCACAAUGUCCUUCGCUUUGUUGUGGAAAAGAGUAUCUCAUCCUUCGAUCUCAAACUCUGGUGCGAUUACAUCGCGAGCAGACCGCGCAAAACAUUUCAACCUGAGUCACUCCAUCCUGAAGUCUUCCUGGCCUUGUAUUCCUGGGGUGAAGUCUACAGGAAGGGCUCAGAUUCCCAACUGUUACAAAAGAUUUCAAAACAGGUUCACGAAACCAAGAGGUCGUCAUUGCCUCGUAUCGUCUUUCCUCUGAUAAGGGAAAUGCUUCCACGGCUAGAUACACGUUGCUCAGAAGCACAGCGUCACUUCGCGACGCUCGUCGAAGCAUAUGUCACUCGUUAUAAUCUGGAAGAGCCCCAAGAGCCGAGCACUUGGGCCCGCCCCGCAGAGAUACGGAAGUGCUCACGGGACGAGUGCAAUACGUGUGCACAGAUGAACCUCUUCUUGGAAGAUCCCCACGCUAUGGAACAGGCAUUCGAUAUAUCUUCUUCGGAGGCGAAACAUCUUGGAUCCAAAUUCAUAUUUUUAGAGCAGCAUAUGGUGGCUCAUGGCUCGUUCGUCUUCAGAAAAACUCUACGGCGGUGGACCUUGGAGAAAAACACGAGGGUCUCAGAUGUCGAAAGGGCCGAAAGAGAAUUUCGGAAUCUGCCCAAGGACACGCUGAGAAAAGCCCUCAGCAACCACCAUGAUACAUUCGAAUUGCUGCUAACGCUGAACCUGGUUGAGACCAACACUGCCACAGCGAAACAAGGGCGUGCCAAUCGGACCGGGGACAAGAUUGAGUCACUUUCACUACGGGGAAAACGAGCGGUAGACGAAAAUCCCGAUGACAUCGGGUGUGCAACAGUUGCUAAGCGAGCGCGGUAUGACAACGAAGAGACGUGA